GCAUCCAGUCACCAAGCAACUAUCGCAUCAGGAGCAGGUGCGUUUGAUGCAGUGGGAAUCUAGCAAGGGACUACCGUUUCCAAAGAUUGUUACAUUUGCUGGAGACUUGGUUCAGAACAGAACUAGUUGAACAUGAUGUCAGAUCGAGAGAUUGCGCGGGACAAGGCGGCGCGGUUGUUAAAGAAGCAGGGAAGUGUGUCGUCCCUGGCCAGUAGCGAGGCCACCCGACAACAUGGAGCAUACAAAGUUGGUUCUAUGAGCACUGUGUCGUUCCUGGACGAGCCAGGUCAUGAUGAGACGUAUCGCGUCCCAGCGAGGUUUGAGAAUACAUACCAACUUUCCCCAAACAAACGCUUCCCUUACACCAAGGUCCAGAACAUUAUAAAGGACGUUCUGCAGGCGUACUUAGCAGAGGAGAGAUACGAACCAGAGCUCUGCAGACAGAUGUCCAAAACUCUCUCCGAGGUGAUAAAGGCAAGAGUCAAAGAGUUGAUGAUCCCUCGCUACAAGAUCAUCUGCCUCGUCCACAUUGGUCAGCUUGGUGGUCAAGACAUGCGGGUCAGCAGUCGGUGCUUGUGGGAUGCCGGUAGCGACACUUUCUCCACGUCAGAAUUCCGAAAUCAACAUUUAUAUGCGAUCGGCUCUGUGUAUGGCGUGUACUAUGAAUGAGAUAACUGACAUGUAUUACUGCUAUGAACACUUGUUGAUAAGCAAUAGGGGGUUGUAAAUUUCAUGUUGUAAAUUGAGCGUUGACCACUCAGGUAUACAUGAGUUAUGAACCCCCAUACCAUUCCUCACUGUGAUAGACCAGUAUUGUUUGUUCAUUGGCUGCUGGCCAUAGUUAUUGUUUAAUUGUUUUACCUGUGUGAAGGUAAGGCAGGAUCGGAUUUCAUUCAACAGCUGUUAAGUAUAAGAUUUUGUUAUUAUGAAUUUAUUGAUUGAAUUGAACUAAAGCGAUAGAAAAGAUUUAUGCAUUUUUCAUAUCAAACUUAGUAAAAAUGUCAUUAUCUUAAAUAAUGUUAUCUUUUUUACUGAUCCAUUAUUGACCCAAGUUGAAUGGUUUUAUCAAAAUACUUUAUGACUGUUUUGACCUAAUUGCUUGGCAAUUUUCUCUAAUUUAGAUAAAGUUUGAUGUAGAGAAUCCUAUGAAAGAAUGUUUGCCAUCUGGAGUUUUGGAGCUUUAGUACUAAUGAUAUAUUUAGGUGUGGUACAGGUAACUGAUCUGCCAUGUGUUGGAUACAAACAGCUGUUGCAUUGUCUUUUACAUACAACAUGUGGUGUCUUCCAUGUAGGAUGGAAUGAUAUAUUACCAUGGCGAUCAUGAAUAUAGAUGCUAAAUUAAUUCACCUGAUUCACUGACUGAGCUACAUGAUCAACUUACCAGGUAAACUAUACAGAAUAUUUAAACAUCCAGAGGUUUGGCUACAAAUGCAUUUUAAAUGUAAAAUCUGAUACAUUGUACCAGUUUAAUGAUAGGUGUACAAUAUACAUUGCAAGAUUUCUUAUACCAUUGCUUUUGCCUGAAUUGAUGAAAUCUUAUCUUAAAAUAAUUUGUCUAAAAUUCACUGGGUAAUAAAUAAGGCAAUGUAUUUGUUGAGGAAGAACUUCACAUAUUAAAUUAUAAUGGAACUCAUUUCCAACUGAGGUAGAAAUUGAUAAACAAAGGAAACACCAUUUUCAAAUUUGCUGCAGACUGUAUAUAUACAUACCUUCUGCCCUCUCCCCUGCUUUGGCUCUCAAUGUGACUGACUGAGUUUAGUUUUACGCCGCUUUUAGCAAUAUUCCAGCAAUAUCACGGCAGGGGGACACCAGAAAUGGGCUUAACAC